CGACAUCAUGCCCUCCUCACUAUUGACCCUCUCAGUAUUCCUCCUCGGCACAAGUCAGAGCGCAGACUACACUAUCCGUCCACUUGCGAAGCUAGGAUUGCCCCCUUAGCUGCACUCUCCGCUACACCACCUCCGACCGAACAUCUCAGCAGCAACCCCCUCCGAUUAUCCACGAAACCACCAGGUUGCGCCUCCUUCCACACACGCGCAAGAGAUCAGGGCGGCGAUACAUCGAGACUUUAGGCUGGGCGAGCAUCCACCCAGCCAGCGCCGAGUGGCGCGUGCAAGAGAAUGAGCGACCUAGACAAAGCAAUCGCGCAGUUAAGAGCAUGCCGCCCGAUACCUGAGAACCAAGUGCGAGAGUUGUGCUACAAGGCGCGCGAGCUGUUGAUUGAAGAGGGGAAUGUGGUCACCGUGGAUGCGCCGGUUACGAUAUGCGGCGACAUUCAUGGCCAAUUUCAUGACUUGAUGGAGUUAUUUCGCGUGGGUGGUGAUGUCCCAGACACGAAUUAUCUUUUCAUGGGCGACUUUGUCGAUCGCGGCUUCUAUUCCCUCGAAUCAUUUCUUCUCCUCCUCUGCCUCAAAGUCCGCUACCCGGACCGAAUCACGCUGAUCCGCGGCAAUCACGAAUCAAGACAAAUCACAAUGGUCUACGGCUUUUACGACGAAUGCCUACGCAAAUACGGCAGCGCCAACGUAUGGCGGUACUGCUGCGAAGUCUUCGACCACCUCGCCCUCGGCGCGCUCGUCAUCGGCGCCACCACCGACCUCGCCCCCUCCGACGCCCCCUUCUCCGACCCCGCCUCGCAAUCCACCCUUCCCUCCGAAGAGCUGGAAAUCGAAAUUCUCAACUCUGCAGGCCAGAUCCUCAACCGCUUCACCCGCGCCACGCCCAACAGCUCUCAAGACCUCUCGCAACUCUCUCAGAAUCCUUCAUCUCCGUCCCAAGCUCCCUCCCGGACCGGCGCACCAGGCACAGGCGCCGCCUCCAGCACAAAUAACAGCACCAACACCGGCGCAGUCCUCUGCGUGCACGGCGGCUUAAGUCCGCUCAUCGACAAAAUCGACAAAAUCCGCCUCCUAGACCGCAAACAAGAAGUGCCGCACGACGGCGCAAUGUGCGACCUCCUGUGGUCAGACCCAGAUGACAUAGAUGGCUGGGGUCUCUCCCCACGAGGCGCUGGCUUCCUCUUCGGCGCCGAUAUCGUCAAGUGCUUCAACCACCGCAACGACCUCAGCCUCAUCUGCCGCGCGCAUCAGCUGGUGAUGGAGGGCUUCAAGGAGAUGUUCGACAGCACCAUCGUGACGGUGUGGUCCGCGCCAAACUACUGCUAUCGCUGCGGAAAUGUGGCGGCCAUUCUCGAACUGGGGGAAGACGGGUCGAAUGCGGGGUAUGCGGCGCGGUCGAACGGGGAUGCGAAUAGAUCGCGUGGAGGCCCGUUGGCGGAGCAGAGGCGGGAGCUGCAUAUGGGGCCUGGGAGGCGGUAUCGGGUUUUUGAUGCCGCGCCGCAGGAUAGUCGGGGGAUGCCGGCGAAGAAGCCGGUGGCGGAUUACUUUUUGUGAGAGAAGGGAAAAGAGAGUUGGAUGAGAUG